GUACUUCUGUAUUGAACAAACAGCAAAGGGUUGCGCGGAAAGCCUCGAUUUAGACAUCGAGCAAAUAAAUAUUUCUGCGGUAGAGACAGGAGGGAAGACUGUAUCAACAGCGAAAGUCGACCGGGAACCGUAGUCCUAUUCACCGACUCUAAGUGAGGAAAGGGUUCAUCAAAGCCUGCCGGUGGUACUCUAACUUCUCUCUGCCAAGGACCUUGGCCAGCAUGUCGGCGUGCUGCUCUCCAGUCGGAACAUACUCUGAUCUUGCCCGACUUGAAUAGCUCGCGAAUGAAAUGGAACCGCACGUCGAUGUGCUUGCUCCUCGCUGAGCUGAAUGGGUUCUCGAUUAAGGCGAGAGCGCCCUUGUUGUCCUCAAGGACCUUGAUCUUCGCCCCACUCGUCUCGGGCGCUAUGAACGACAGAACGCCACGCAUAAACAACGCCUCCUUNGGNCCCGGUCGUAGAACGCCUGUCUACUUCGUUGUUAGCGUAGCUGGCAUCGACAAACACGCUUAGGUCUAGUCCUGACCCCCGUACGUAGGUGAUGCCGAAGUCCUUCGUGAAGUUCAGGUAGGACAUGAUCCGCACAAGCGCGUUCCAUAUCCUCCCGGUGGGUGGGUGGGCGAUCUUCUGGAGCUUGUUCAGAGGCAGGGCGAUGUCUGGCCUCGUCAGCUUCGUUCACAUCAGGCAUCCGAUCGCCUCCCUCCCAGGCGUAUCCACCGCGGACUCGUCAUCUCUCUUCGGCU